UACCGGCUGUCUUCAACAGUAGUGCUGUGUUUUGGGCUGAAGUUGGCUGCCACGUAGUUGGCAUUUUUUUGUCAUGCGGUUAUUUUAGGAGCAGUAUUUUAAAGAAAAAUUUAAAGAAUUCGUUUACUUCUGUCAGAUAUAGACCCUGGCAAUGUAUCUCUUUUCUAUUUUGUCGAUAUUCCCCUCGUUUUUUGUGUUUGCCACAGGACGCAAACUGCCCGAGCCAGAGGUGAAAAUAGAAGUUUUAAACAAACCUUUAAUGUGUUACCGUAAGUCUAAAUAUGGAGACAUGCUUCUCGUUCAUUACGAUGGAUUUUUGGAGAGUAACGGCACCAUGUUUCACUCCAGCCGAAACGAAGGAGAUAGAAACCCAGUAUGGUUUACUCUUGGGAUCCAAGAGGUGAUUAAAGGCUGGGACAAAGGUAUGCAGAACAUGUGCACAGGAGAGCGCAGGAAACUGACCAUCCCGCCAUCUCUGGCAUACGGCAAAGAAGGGAAAGGCAAGAUCCCUCCAGACAGCACUCUGAUAUUUGACAUUGAGCUCAUGGAGAUCAGAAAUGGGCCCAGAUCACACGAGUCUUUUCAGGAGAUGGAUCUCAAUGAUGACUGGAAGCUGUCUAAAGAUGAGGUGCUUCAUUACAUUAGGAAGGAAUUUCAGAAACACGGAUACUCGCCCAAUGACACACAUCAUGACGCAAUGGUAGAAGACAUCUUCAAAAAUGAAGAUGAAGAUAAGGAUGGUUUUAUAUCUGCCAGAGAAUUCACCUACCAACACGAUGAGCUCUAAAGGACUGAUUCGUAUUUUUAUGAAUUCUCUCACAAAUCUGUUACAUAGGUUUAUGGACAUCUUUGAAUGUAUAGGGUCCAUUCUUUUCAUUUUCUUUAACGUGAUAUAUUUAUUAACAAAGCAUAUGGACUUAAACUGUCACCACAGAUGUGUUGAAGAUUGCAAUUUUUUUUUUACCUUUUUCAAUACACAAUACAAAAAGCAAACCCUAAUUGUAUUUGUUGAUACAAUGUUGAUGCUUUCAUA